AUCAGAAGCCAACCGAGACGUUUUUGAUGAAGCUUCGUUCCUCGGUUCGCCGGCUCGUGAGUCGACAGGAGGCGGACAAACUGGACCUGCAGCUCAUUCUUCUCCGCCGGUUGUUUCCCUUCCGAUCAACAUGGCCGAAACCCACAGAGUGACAGCGCAGGGCAGGAAGAAGUGGGUCGUUCCACAGAGAAGUGAUGAAAAUAAACCAAGUGUUCGUCCGCCGGAGAGAAAUGCUGAGAGAAAUCUGGCGGUUCCUUUCAGAGGGCACAUCCCUGGUGGGAUGCAUCCGGGUAAGAAGGUUGUCGUGGUUGGUGUUGUCGACUCGUGUCCUGACAGGUUCCACGUGGCGCUGACGUGCGGCAUUGGAUCCGCGGAGCCUCCCCCCGACGUGGCCCUGGAGCUCUGCGUUCGAUUCCGGGAGCGGCAGGUGCUGCGCCGGGCCUGUGUGGCCGGCUGCUGGGGCGACGGCGACCGAGCCGCGCCGUUCUUCCCCUUCAUCGCCGGCCAGCCGUUCAAGAUCGAGAUUCGCUGUGAACAGAGCCGGUUCCGUGUGUUCGUGGACGGGCAGAAGCUGUUCGACUUUCACCACCGGCUGACGUCGCUGGGCGACAUCGACACGCUGUGGAUCAAAGGCGGCGUCUCCGUCACUAAACUGGCCUGAGGAAGGAAGCACGUGAAGACAUGGAAACACGAACCUCCGGGACCCACUCCAGUAUUCACUCUGGACUUUGUGGCUCCAGAUGUUCCAGAUGGAAAGAAAUGAGUCACAAGAAAGUUUUAUUGUAACUGUUAUUUAUGAAUAUAUGUUGAAACAUUCAGCAAUAUCCCCUUAUAAAGUUCACAGAACAUUUAUGAAAUCUAUUUUUUUUCUCAUUAUGAAGCCCUUCAUCGUUUGAUUGUUGAUCUGUUUCUCUAACUGUAAUUUGUGGAACAUAUAGUCAGCCAAUGGGACACAACUACUGCAACUGUUAUUAUCAUCUCGCAGCAUCAAUUGAGCUUACAUGAAGGCAGCCCAGAAUGUUUAUAUUUUGUUUAUGUAUUGUUUGUUUGACAGUGAUAACUCCAUGAUCUGUAUGUAAUGACUACCUCAAACUACACAUUGCGAUGUUCAUAUUAAAAGAACAUCUAUAUGAGAAAUAAAUCAUUAUUUCUAUAUCCAUUGUGUAUUUUCGCAAAAUAAAAUAAAAUAGCUAUUUAAAAUGAUACAGAUAGUGUGGUCUAA